CAAGAGAAAGAAUUAAAUAAGUUCUUAUUUUUGGGUGGGCAAAAUAGCCGAUGCGAUUUCAGAUUUGAAAAAACAAAAAAAAAAAACCUUUGUUGGGAAGCGGAUUAAGGAAGGAAAAAAAGGAAGGCAUUGAAUUCACUAGAUCUAUGAUUGGGGAAAGAAAAAAAGAAGAUGACGCUGAUGACGAUGCUUGGGGCAGUGCAGUUGGGAGCGGCGGCGGCCUGCGUGGUGGUGGUGUUGAUCCCAAUGGUAAUGGCUGGUUGGCAUUUAAGCCGAAACAGGAUAUUGCUUUACUGCGGUGUACUUUUCAUUACUCUGGCUGUCUGCCUUCAUUUGACUCCCUAUUUCCCUUCCGUUUCUGAUUUCGUUACCUCCGUUUCUUCCGUUGUUGUUUUUGAUCAUCGUAGUACGUGCAUCAAUUUGGUUAACGACAUUGCAUGGGAGGUCAAACCCAAUGUCUCUCUCCACCAUUUCAACCCCACCCACAAUGUCUCAUCGUCUCUCAAUUUGUAUGAGAAGCGUUGGGAUUGGUCCAAAUCCCCCAAGCAUGACGCCUGCGACUUUCAAAAGUUGUCCAAAUCAGAUGCUUCCGACUUGUUAAAUGGUUCCUGGGUGGUGGUCGCAGGUGAUUCCCAAGCUCGAUUCUUCACCCUCUCUUUGUUAAAUUUGAUUUUGGGUCCCCAAGCCAAACGCAUGGGCUCGGUUAGAGCUGAUUUGUUUAAGAGGCAUAGUGAUUACAGCAUUUUAGUUCAUGAAAUUGGUAUGAAAUUGGAUUUUGUUUGGGCGCCUUAUGUUGUGAAUUUGACCAAUUCAAUGAUGGGUUUUAAGACCAAAAAGAGCUACCCUGAUGUAAUGGUCAUGGGGGCUGGUCUUUGGCAUAUGCUUCAUGUCAACAACGCAUCAAAUUAUGAUUUCGCCUUGCGGAUGUUGAAAAGUUCCGUGGUUUCUUUGUUGCCACUCACUGCUUCCGCCUCCAUUAAGUCACCCCAUUUGUUUUGGCUGGGGAUGCCCAUGCUGAUCAAUGGGAUGCUGAAUACGCAGGAGAAAAGGGAGAAGAUGAGUGAUAGAAUAUGGCAUGCCUAUGAUAGAGCUCUUGGUGACAGUAGGCUUUUACGCCAAACUGGUGGCCCUCUGGUAUUGUUGGACAUCCAGUCCAUGACUUGGAAUUGCGGACCGCGAUGUACAUCUGAUGGUAUGCAUUACGAUUUAGUCAUUUAUGAGGCUGCCGUGCAGGUCAUGCUAAAUGCAUUGCUUAUUGAAUCUCAUCAAAGCCUUUGAAGUCGCCCCAAUGAUUUUACAGCAAGCUUGGCAAGCGUUUGACCCUUGAGAGACACACACACGGAGACUCGAUGUCGAUUCCCUUUGUCUUUGGAUUAACACACAAGUAAACAUUUGUGUUUGUUUGCUGUUUUAUUUUCGUAUGAUUGAAAGCCAAAUAUUCACUCACUUGUAUACUAUAGUCUGAUGACACUGUAUGAUUCACAUCCAAUUUUGUUCUUGGUAAUAUAUAGCAGCAGCAUUGAUCUUGCUGAUUCCCCCUA